AUGCUCAGUGCAUUAAAUGUGCGAUCUGGUACAGGACCUGAUGGCAUCACUUCGUCAUUUUUGAAAGCAUGUAAAUCAGCAUUAAUUAAACCCUUAUUUUACUUAUAUAAUUUAUCACUCAGUACUGGUAUUUUUCCCGAUAUUUGGAAAAAAUCAUUUGUUACUCCAAUUUCUGGUGACAAAAGUGAUGUACGUAACUAUCGUCCAAUUUCAAAAUUAUCCGUUAUUCCUAAAUUAUUUGAGGCAAUAAUUACAAAAAAAUUGACUGCCCUACUUUCGUAUGAUCAAAAUUGUCAAGUAGAUUCAAUCUAUACAGACUUUAAAAAAGCUUUCGAUAAGGUGAAUCACAAUAUUUUAUUAAGCAAGUUAAAGGCUUUUGGUUUUAAUGGUUUAUUUUUAAAAUGGAUCACCUCCUAUCUCAAUCAGUUAAACUUUCAUUCCAUGUCUCUAAUGAUUUUCAAGUACCAUCAGGUGUUCCUCAAGAUGAUGCUAAAUUAUUUUGCUCGAUUCAAUCAAUAUCAGACUUGA